GUCAUCCAAAGUUGCUGGGGCCCACUGCAGUCGGGAACGGCGACGAGACGACGACCCUUUUUCCUUCCCUUUAUAAGCUUUCCCCUUCUGUUAGCCGCAACAAACCAAGAGAAUCAGAGAGUCUCAAUCAUUGGGAGACCGACGUAUCAACCAGCCAGAGAGGAAGCCAUCGCCAUUUCCCCUCUCUUCUUCUUCUUCCUCUGCUCUAUCUGCUUCAGAAGAUCGAAAUUCUUCGGCGGGAAGCCGAUCCAGAGAAGUUCUUGCUACCAUGCUGACUACCGCUGUUCCCAUUCACGCGCCGCCGGUGCUCUUGACCUCCCCGGCCUCCUCCAGAAGCAUUCACAAGAAGCUCUCCACUGUCACCUCUUCUUGGAGAAUGUCGAUGAAUUCUGGGGCUUUCCAGACCAAGAAAAUGGAAGAGCUUUCGUUACCCGUACAUCACCCCGCAGCUUUUGAUCCAAAAGGGGACGACACGCCCAAGCUGCCUGAUCUGCGCUUUGAUCGCCUGCAGAUACCCGAGCAGGAUUUGGUGGACGUUGACAAGAUGGAGUUCGGGAAGUUCGUUGCUAGAGAGGCUUUAAUUGAUGAAGAAUACUGGAUAGCAGCCUUCAUGCGAGCUUGUAACCACUGGGCGGAUCGAGUUGAAUACAGAUUUGCUCGUAAUCUGAGGAUCAAAUAUGUGAUUGAGGAGUUCCUGGCCAUUAGAAGGCGAUCCAUUGGUCCAUUUGGCCAACAGCCUAAGUGCAUAAUCACACUGAGAAAGCAAGUUGGGAUGGUGAAACCCACACUACUGUUCAGUGUGGUUGGGACUCUGGACUUGAGCAUCCGCUGGUUUCUGCCUGGAGAGAUCUUCCCUGGGGUAUAUGGAAAGGCUCCUCACUUUUGCAACAUCGGCGGAGGACAAGACGACAGAUACGGUUACGUCUCUGACUUGGUGGUCGCGACGUUUGCUCGUCGUCUUGGGAUAGCAACUAACAUGAUGCAGUUUGCAAUUGAAACGGCCAAGUCUAAUGGUGUGCAACUUAUGUUCGUUCAUGUGGACAGAAACAACAAACUUGCACUGCAGUUUUUUGAGAAGAUGGGAUUUGAGAUGAUUGAAGAGGCAAGUGAAGGACUGGUGAAAGACAACACUUACCUCCUACGUUGCAUUUUGUAAAGAUGAGUACAGAUUUGGUGAUACUGGAAAGGAGUUUAGUGUACAGAGCAGAGAACCAGCACUGCAUAGGCCAGAGUUUAUUACUAGUUUUGGCAGGAACUUGAUCUGAUAGUGUAUGUACAACCUUAGAUUGGAAAUUCAGCACCAAUCUCAGCGCAAGCAUUUCUUGAGAGGGAAGCACACCAAUACCAUGUAUGGAUCUAUUACAGUUUCAGAACAGUAUUUCGUA